GACAUCCAGAAAGUUACGUACGAUUGCAUUUGCGCAGCAAAAACGAUGAUGAUGACGACGGUAAUGAUGAUUCAAAAAGCGACAACGAUGACGAAACUANUGUAGGACAUCCAGAAAGUUACGUACGAUUGCAUUUGCGCAGCAAAAGCGAUGAUGAUGACGACGGUAAUGAUGAUUCAAAAAGCGACAGCGAUGACGAAACUACCGAUUCAGGUGAAUCAGAUAAGAAGCGCCACAAAGAUAAAGAUAAAGAGUCAAAGGGCGGAGAUGAUGACGGCCGUGGUGGAAAGUACGACAUCAAGGUGAUCAUCCUCACCGGUGUAAUGGUUGCUGCAGUUCUCUUUAUGGCUUUUUUCUGCUUUCUUGGAAUUUGCAAUCUCCAGUGUUGCUGCGGUGCUUUGAUAGGAGCUGUCAGCGGGGCAAAGAUUGGCAACCAACAACGAGAGCAGCAAAUUAAACAGCAGCAGCAAACUAGUGGAAGUAAGAAUCGAAAACGCGGCCACUCCUCCUCCUCUUCCAAAAGUUAUCCGAUCGUCAUUGAAACUGAUUCAAGUGGCGGCUCGUCGAGCAGUCGCAGGAAGAAGAAGAAUCGAACCAUGGUGGUAACGGUGGGCAGGAAUGGAAGCGCCUCUGCUGAGGAAGUCUUCGAAAAUGCUGAAGGACAGAAGUGUAAGCUGAAAAGCGAGGAAGAUGAAGAGCUGUCAAAAGCUAGCAAAAGAAAGCAGUGCUCUUCGCUUGAUGGGGAUGAUGAUGAAAGCUCGUACUCUGACUCACUCCUGCUAUUCACCGAUGAUACUGAAAGUGUGAGCACCAGCAGCCAAAACUCUACGGUCACCUCAAGUACUGACUCAAGAGACGGAGGACUCUCUUCCGGUGAAACAAUGGCUGAUUCUUCUGACUACACCGGUAGCAGCAGCAGUGUCAGCACCAAUAGUACAGACACAGUUUGCUUUGAGGCGAUUAUUGACCGACUGAUUGCAGAAUUGGGUGCUGACGUGCUCACACCGUCACCGGUUGAAAACAGCUGCCAAUCGACGGCUGCCGAAGUGGACGUGGUCAUGGAUAAUGUGGGCGAUCCGGAAAAUCCCUCCAGUCCUUCCCCACCACUGACACAGUCGUCGUCGUCUUGUAAAGAGGAAGCUGAAGAGCUGAAGAAAGACAAAGCACCCCUGUCACCAACGGUAAAGGCGCACCUGCUCACCACAUCAAAGCUAAUCAGUCAAAUGCUGACGCUGUACAAGGAAAGCAAGGCAGAAUCAGGCACUGGGGAUGAAGACGCGCCCAGCUCGCCCUCAUCAUCUUCUGUUUCUUCGCCCACCCUUCUGACGCCCAGUUUGCUUGACAAGUUGAGCUAG